AGAGUUUAACCAAACGGGUGUUCUUUAUGCUCGCCAUUUAUACGAUUCAACCAACCCCCAAAUGUUCCGAUGGUUUCAUAACGAAACAAAAUUUGGCCGGAAUCCCAUCAAGCUUCCUCAAAUUGGCCAACAAGACGGAACUUAUGGAAUAUAUGGUCGAUAUCAGGCGCACUUUGCACCAAAAUUCAGAGCUCGGUUAUGAAGAAUUGGAAACUAGUAAGCUUAUUAGAACUGAACUUGAUAAAAUAGGGAUCGAUUAUAGAUAUCCAGUUGCUGUGACCGGAGUUGUGGGGUUUAUGGGUACCGGAAAACCUCCAUUUGUUGCUAUCAGAGCAGAUAUGGAUGCUCUAGCUAUGCAGGUCAGGAGGGAGUGGAGUGGGAGCACAAAAGCAAGGUUCCUGGGAAAAUGCAUGCAUGUGGACAUGAUGCUCAUGUUUCAAUGCUUCUUGGUGCUGCAAAGAUGCUUCAACAACAUCGUGACAAGAUACAGGAACCAUAGUUCUGGUUUUCCAACCAGCCGAGGAGGGAGGCGGUGGAGCAAAGAAAAUGUUGGAUGAGGGCAUACUCAAGAAUGUGGAUGCCAUCUUUGGGCUACAUGUAUCGGUCCGAUUUCCAAUCGGGACAGUUGCUACAAGGCCUGGCCCUCUUCUGGCGGCAAGCGGUUUCUUUGAGGCUGUAAUAAGUGGAAAGGGUGGUCACGCUGCAACUCCCCACCAUGCAAUCGACCCCGUUGUAGCAGCUUCUAACGUUAUAAUCAGUUUGCCAAGUCUUGUUUCUCGAGAAGCUGAUCCGUUAGAGUCACAGGUUGUUACGGUUGCGGGAUUUGAAGGUGGUGGCGCCUCCAAUAUAAUCCCCAUUUCGGUUACAAUUGGUGGAACAUUCAGGGCUUUCUCGAAAGAAGGUUUUGCCCAACUUAAACAUCGAAUCAGAGAGGUUAUCACGACACAGGCGGGCGUUCAUAGAUGCAAUGCAAGUGUCGAUUUCAAUGAAAGUGAAAAACCUUCGUAUCCUCCCAUGGUGAAUCAUGAGCAUCUACAUGAACACUUCCAACGAGUUGCUAGUGACAUGUUGGGUGCUACUAACAUCGUUGAGGCUCGACCAUUAAUGGGUGCGGAAGAUUUCUCGUUCUUUGCAGAAGCGAUUCCUGGCUAUUUUUUCUCCGUUUGGAUGCAGAACGAGAAUCAGGAAAAACUUGUGUCGGGCCAUUCUCCUUACUUUACGGUGAAUGAAGAGGUUUUGCCGUAUGGUGCCGCGUUGGUUACCAGGUAUCUUCUUGAACAUCAAAUUGAAACUGAUACAAGUUUCCAUGAUGAAUUUUGAUGGUAAUACAAGUAAAUUAUUUGACAAUCUUCAUUUCAAAAACCCGAGAUUUCGCUGGUUUUUGUUGUUGAUUUUAGCGUCAGCAGUCAUUUUAGUGUAGCUAUGAUUUACAUGAGAUCGAUGGGAUUUUUAGUUCAGCUAUAAUAUGGGUUCGGGUUACAGAGUGCACACUCUUAUAAGCAUACUUAUACCUUAUAUAACUGUAAACCGAGGGUCGGGUUGCGC